AUUACUUCUAUUGGCAAAGAGAAAAGAAUUUUUGUAAGAGUCAUAAUCACCAGAAGCGAUCGUAGAUAGAACAUUUACGAUGACUAGUGCAAUGAGCCUUCUCUGCCAGCUGUUGCUAUCCAUCCAUCCCAGACCAGAAAUAUACGUGCCAAGGAACACAGAUUGCCUAGCGUCAUCCACCAAAAUUUUCCUUCAACCUGACGCUUGCUUGACAUCCGCAUGUUCCGAAUCAGGUCUUUCAGAAGCUGCUGAAAAGCCAUUGGACAUAUAUCGUGUGCUGCCACUUUUCAAUGUCUCAUCAGAUUCUUACGUUUGUCUGACACCUGGAUGCGUUAAAGCAGCUGCCGAAAUCUCAGCUAAUUUAGAUGAGAAUGUGAGCCCAUGCGAUGACUUCUACCAAUUCGCCUGUGGUGGCUGGAUGGAUAGACAUUCAAUUCCUGACGAUAGUUCAUCAGUUAGCGCCCAUUCUAAACUUGUGAUCACGCUCAAUAAUAAACUCAGAUGUCUCCUCUUAAAAAUUUAUGGUUGUUUGUUUUACUCUUUCGCAUCGACAGAGGCCAAAACCUGUUCUGAAGCGUUCCUUCACAAGCUGAAGCACCCGUGCAUAUGA